UGACAGAUCACAGAAUCAGACAGAAUGAGCGUGACAGUGCUUCGUAGAACCCGGGAAUUUGAAAUAAAAUAAUUAAUUUCACAAAAAUGCCACAAUUUAUUAUCCUCGACGAAAAUGUUCUCACACAUUGUUCGAAGUGAUAACAAUAAUCCGAGUAAUAAAUCAACAUAAUUGCUCUAAAUGACUUGUUUGUUUUCGUGAACUUACAUUUUGAGGUUAUUUCAUGAUAAAUUUACAUAACUUUACAUUUCUUAUUAGUUUUAAAUUAAAUUGUUAAUAUGGAGCAGAAGAGUAAACCGAAAUCGUUUAAAGCUACGCAUUUUCCACCAUUAUUGGCGGGGGCUGUGGCUGGUGUGUCUGUAGAUGUGACCCUGUACCCUUUAGAUACAUUAAAGACACGGCUGCAAAGUGCUCAGGGCUUCCAAAAAGCUGGCGGCUUCAGUGGUGUUUAUAGAGGUCUGGCAACCGUAGCUGCGACGUCUAUGCCCACAACAGCACUAUUCUUUGUCUCGUAUGAAGCUACGAAGACUCUCUGUCAGCCCUUGGUGGCCGCGCAGUAUACUCCCAUGGUACACAUGUUCGCAGCCAGUGUUGGUGAAGUGCUGGCGUGUCUAAUACGUGUCCCCACAGAGAUAGCGAAACAGAGGAAACAAACAUACGUCGGCACUAACUCCAAGAGUAGUAUAUCCAUACUGUUACAUGCAUACAGGACUGAAGGUUUCUUUCGCGGCGUGUAUCGAGGUUUCGGCUCCACUGUACUGCGGGACCUGCCCUUCAGCUUCAUUGAGCUGCCAGCCUGGGAGAUGCUGAAGACAACUGUUAGGAAAUAUAAUAACGGCGAGAUUAGCAGUUUUCAGUGCAAUCUGCGGGUCAAUAGCAGCGGUUUCGCAGCGGUCCUAACAACGCCUUUAGACCUCGCCAAAACCCGUAUCAUGUUAUCAGACGGGUAUAGGGUCUCAGGGAAGAUGAAGAUUAGACCCGUGCUGACUUCCAUUUACAUAGAAUCAGGGUUCAAAGGUCUCUUCGCUGGAGCCAUGCCCAGAAUGACAGCUAUCAUGAUCGGAGGCUUCGUGUUCUUCGGAGUAUAUGAAGACGUGAAGAAAUAUUGUGAAAAAUAUUUCGAAGGGAGAUAGCAUUUGGUGUUAAUUUCGUAAAUUUUAUUGUGGCUCGCUGCAAGCAUAAAGUGGUUUUGUAACAUGGGAAACAAAGUGACUAUUCAAAUGGGGAAGAAAGAGGAGUUUUUGACGUCAAAAUAUACCAAGACAAUUUUGAUGAAAUUCGACACGGACAGACCGGAC